CGCGCUCCCCUCUGUUCCCCUCGCCAGUGGAGACCAGCCAAGCCUGCACCUUAAAGUGGUACUACCUACUGUGGAAGUCGGGGCGAAUUCCCAGCCAGCUAGAAACCAAGGCCUCCACCCCCUCCCGCUUCGUCACUUUCUCCCUGUUCCUCUUCUUCCCCUUGUCCCUCCAUUCUCUUGAAUCCGAGCUCGCAGUCACUGGGAACGGCACAGAGAUCUCUGAUUUCUUGCUCUACUUGUGUAGUGACGCUAUGCUGACGAGGAGAGGUGGGUGGGAGCUCUCCUCCUCCGCCUCCUUUUGUGCUGCAUUGCUUCUCUUGCACGUUGCGGUGGUUCUUCCUGGUGUCGUUUCCUCACAAAGCCUCAAGAACUCCAACCUCACCGCCACCUCCCCGUGGCUAACCUUGAGUGGUGGCACCCCUUUGGUUAUAGCCAAGGGUGGGUUUUCAGGGUUAUUUCCUGAUUCCAGUUCAUUUUCUUACAAAUUUUCAUAUGUGGCUGGUUCACCUGAUACCAUUUCAUGGUGUGAUGUGCGGUUGACAAAAGAUGGCAAUGGCGUCUGUCUGCCUGAUAUUGUGUUAGAUAAUUGCACAAACAUUAAAUUGGUAUAUCCUGAAGGAAAGAUGAAUUAUAUUGUGAAUGGCGUGCCUACAUCAGGGUGGUUUUCUGUUGACUAUGAUAUCCAAAAUUUGUCACAGGUCUCACUGGCACAAGCAAUUCUUUCUCGAAGUAAUAAAUUCGAUGCAAGCUUGUUUCCUAUCCUUACUGUUGAAGAUUUGGUGGCACAAGUUAAGCCAGCAAAACUUUGGUUGAAUAUACAGCAUGAUAUAUUCUACAGGCAGCUCAAUUUGGAUAUGAGGAGAUAUUUGCUUUAUUUAUCGAAACAUGAUAUUCCAAGUUAUGUUUCAUCUCCGGAAGUAGGUUUCCUCAGCAGUAUAGUGGGAAGAUUUAGAACGAGCAAGACCAAGCUGAUUUUCCGUUUUCUUGGAGAAGAUACUAUUGAACCUUCUACAAAUGUGACAUAUGGCUCAUUGUUAAAAAAUCUCACUUUUGUCAAGACAUUUGCAUCUGGAAUUCUCAUUCCGAAAUAUUACAUUUGGCCAGUAACAUCCAGUGGCUAUCUAGAAUCUUACACCUCUGUUGUCAUGGAUGCUCAUAGGGAAGGACUGGAAGUUUUUGCAUCAGAAUUUGCUAAUGAUGCAUUGUUUAGCUACAAUUAUAGUUAUGACCCAUUAGCUGAAGUUCUUUCUUUCAUAGACAAUGGAAUCUUCUCUGUUGAUGGUGUUGUGACGGACUUCCCCAUAACCGCAUCAGAGGCCAUAGGUUGCUAUUCUCAUAUAAACAUGAGCAACUCUGACCAUGGAAAACCUUUAAUAAUCUCACACAAUGGAGCUAGUGGAGUCUAUCCUGACUGUACUGAUCUUUCUUAUCAGCAAGCUGUUACAGAUGGUGCUGAUUAUAUUGACUGUCCUGUUCAAGUAACAAAAGAUGGCAUUCUCAUAUGCAUGAGUUCCAUCAACCUCAUGGAAGUUACUACAGUCACAACCUCGCCCUUCAGCUCCCUUUUGUCUGUUAUACCUGAAAUUCAUGAUGGUCCUGGAAUUUUUACUUUUAACUUAACCUGGGAAGAAAUUCAGAAGAAUUUAAAGCCGGCAAUAUCAAAUCCUGAGAUACAAUACAAUAUAUACCGAAAUCCUCUAUACAAAAAUGAUGGAAAUUUCAUGAGUUUAGGUGAUUUUUUGGCUUUUGGAAGGGACAAGGACUUAUCUGGCAUACUGAUCAGCAUUGAGAAUGCUGCAUUUCUGGCAGAAAAAUUGGGAUAUAGUGUGACUGAUGGUGUGAUGAGAGCACUACAAGACUCAGGUUACAGCAACCAGACUGGUCAGGAAGUCAUGAUACUGUCAAAGAAUAGCUCUGUUUUGAUUAAAUUUAGGCAACAAACUAAGUAUGAGCUGGUUUACAUGGUUGAUGAAUCCAUAAGUGACAUGGUCAAUUCCUCAAUUAUGGAUAUCAAACAGUUUGCUCAUAUGAUUGCUAUUAGCAAACAAUCUGUAUAUCCCGUAAGCCAGCAGUUCAUUACUGGUCAAACCAAACUUGUCCAGAAGUUGCAGUCUGCUGGCUUUGCUGUAUAUGUAUAUUUGUUUAGGAAUGAGUUUGUUUCUCAACCAUGGGAUUUCUUGUCAGAUCCAACAGUGGAGAUAAAUAUGUAUGUCCAAGGAGCUGCGGUGGAUGGCAUCAUCACUGAGUACCCUGGGACAGCUGCAGCAUAUAGAAGAAAUACUUGUUCAAAGUUGGGUGAUCAAGCUCCUAGCUACAUGAGUCCUGUCCCAAUUGGUGGCUUAUUGCAGAUCAUGGAUCCUCAGGCUCUGCCCCCUACCUUAGCUCCAAUGCCCUCCCUGCAUGCUGCGGAUGUGGUGGAGCCACCACUCCCUGCUGUUUCACCCAAACCAUCAUCCUUUGGCGCUGGAGAAGAAUCUGGGCUACCACCCUCACAGCCUUCAUACGGGCGACACCUUGUUGCCUCGAUCUUUCUAUCGUUGGUGAUGCUCUGUGGAUCACUACUGGUAUGAUAUGUCACCAUAUUUUUGUUGGGCACACAAUUUUAGCUGCUGAGACUCGGUGUUUCUCUUGAAAAUCGAUGCAUGUAUAUAUUUCCCCCAAAAACAUGGAAGUCAUUUGGAUUUUGCAACCAUUAGGUAGGAGAGUUUGAGUUGAUGCAGUCAAUGUGUUCUUUAAUCCAAUUCUGAUAUCAUGUUGGAUUUUUUUUCUAAAGUAUCUGUGUUUGAGUUAA